AAUAGUGGCACUGAAUUUCUAAAUACAAGAAAUUGCUUAGACAAUUGGUUUAGUAUCUGUAUAUGGGCAAUACUCUGUCCUGCAGUAGGAAAAGUUUUCUUUCAGUGGUUGCUGCUCCAAAACUCAAUAUGCUUCACGGCAAAGUCCUUUAAGUCGCAGACUAUCAGCAUUGUGAACAGGCAGCAUGUCAGCUGAAACACCAAUCACACUGAAUAUCGAUCCUCAGGAUCUGCAGGUCCAAACAUUCACCGUAGAGAAGCUACUGGAGCCUCUCAUAAUCCAGGUUACUACACUUGUAAAUUGUCCCCAGAAUCCUUCCAACAGGAAAAAAGGACGUUCAAAACGAGCCAGAGUUCUUCUAGCUUCUGUGGAGGAAGCAACUUGGAAUUUAUUAGACAAGGGAGAGAAGAUCGCCCAGGAAGCCACAGUUUUAAAGGAAGAGCUUACUGCUGCACUUGAGGGAGUUCGCAAAGAAAGCGAAGCUCUGAAAGAAUCAGCUGAGAGAUUUGCAGAUGACCCCUGUUAUCUCCCGAAAAGGGAGGCUGUGGUUCAAGCCGCCCGUGCCUUGUUGGCUGCAGUUACCAGACUCCUUAUCCUCGCAGACAUGAUUGAUGUCGUGUGUCUUUUGCAGCACGUGUCAGCUUUUCAAAGGACAUUUGAGUCUCUUAAAAAUGUUUCCAACAAAUCUGACCUUCAGAAAACCUACCAGAAGCUUGGGAAGGAGCUGGAAAAUCUGGAUUAUUUAGCCUUCAAACGUCAGCAGGACUUAAAAUCUCCAAAUCAGAGGGAUGAAAUUGCAGGAGCCCGGGCCUCCUUGAAGGAGAACUCCCCCCUCUUGCAUUCAAUUUGUUCAGCUUGUUUGGAACAUUCUGAUGUUGCUUCCCUCAAAGCCAGCAAGGACACUGUUUGUGAAGAAAUUCAGAAUGCCCUCAAUGUAAUUUCAAAUGCUUCUCAAGGCAUCCAGAAUAUGCUGGUCCCGCCAGAACCCCAGGCAGCAACUCUGGGAAGUGCCCUUGAUGAGCUGGAGAAUUUAAUUGUCUUGGAUCCACUCACAGUGACUGAGGAGGAAAUAAGACCAUCACUAGAGAAACGUCUUGAGGCCAUUAUUAGUGGGGCCGCUCUACUGGCCGACUCUUCAUGCACCAGGGAUUUUCAUCGGGAGCGCAUUAUCGCAGAAUGCAAUGCCAUUCGCCAGGCUCUCCAGGACCUGCUUUCAGAAUACAUGAAAAAUACUGGAAAAAAGGAAAGGAGUAAUACCCUGAAUAUUGCAAUAGACAACAUGUGCAAGAAGACCAGAGACCUUCGCAGACAGCUCCGUAAGGCUAUUAUAGAUCAUGUGUCAGACUCCUUUUUGGAUACGACAGUCCCACUUUUGGUUCUUAUUGAAGCUGCCAAGAAUGGCCGGGAAAAGGAAAUAAAAGAAUAUGCUGCGAUAUUUCGUGAACACACCAGCAGGCUUGUAGAGGUGGCAAAUCUUGCUUGUUCCAUGUCAGCAAAUGAAGAUGGGAUUAAAAUUGUCAAAAUCGCAGCCAAUCACCUGGAAACCUUGUGUCCACAGAUUAUUAAUGCUGCACUUGCUUUGGCUGCAAGACCCAAAAGUCAAGUGGUCAAAAAAACCAUGGAAAUGUACAAGCGCACGUGGGAGAAUCAUAUUCAUGUCCUCACUGAAGCUGUAGAUGACAUUACAAGCAUUGAUGACUUCCUUGCUGUAUCUGAGAGCCAUAUCCUAGAAGAUGUCAACAAAUGUAUUGUAGCCUUGAGAGACCUGGAUGCUGAUAAUUUAGACCGUGCUGCAGGUGCUAUCAGAGGACGGGCAGCAAGAGUUGCUCACAUUGUCACAGGUGAAAUGGACAGUUACGAGCCAGGGGCUUACACUGAAGGUGUGAUGAGGAAUGUUAACUUCCUUACGAGUACCGCGAUUCCUGAGUUUGUGACGCAAGUGAGUGUCGCCUUGGAAGCCUUAAGUAAAAACUCUUUGGAUGUGUUUGAUGAUAAUCAGUUUGUGGACACCUCAAAGAAGAUCUAUGAUACAAUUCAUGAUAUCAGAUGUUCAGUCAUGAUGAUUCGGACCCCAGAGGAACUGGAGGAAGUUUCUGACCUGGAAGAGGAUCAUGAGGUCCGCAGUCACACCAGCGUCCAGACCGAAGGGAAAACUGACCGGGCUAAGAUGACUCAAUUGCCUGAGGCAGAAAAAGAAAAGAUUGCUGAGCAAGUUGCUGAUUUCAAGAAAGUGAAGAGUAAGCUGGAUGCUGAGAUUGAGAUAUGGGAUGAUACAAGCAAUGAUAUCAUUGUCCUGGCCAAGAAGAUGUGUAUGAUCAUGAUGGAGAUGACAGACUUUACAAGGGGCAAAGGACCACUAAAGCAUACAACUGAAGUGAUCUAUGCAGCUAAACUGAUAUCAGAAUCCGGAUCAAGGAUGGACGUCCUUGCUCGGCAGAUUGCCAACCAAUGUCCAGAUCCAUCAUGCAAACAGGACUUGCUGGCCUACCUGGAACAGAUUAAGUUCUACUCUCACCAACUGAAAAUCUGCAGUCAAGUAAAAGCUGAGAUCCAGAACCUGGGGGGAGAGCUCAUCAUGUCAGCUUUGGACAGUGUUACCUCCCUGAUCCAAGCAGCCAAAAAUUUAAUGAAUGCCGUAGUGCAAACAGUGAAGAUGUCUUAUAUUGCCUCAACCAAGAUCAUCCGAAUUCAGAGUCCUGCUGGGCCCCGGCACCCAGUUGUGAUGUGGAGAAUGAAGGCUCCUGCAAAGAAACCCUUGAUUAAAAGAGAGAAGCCCGAGGAAUCUUGUGCAGCUGUCAGACGAGGCUCGGCAAAGAAAAAAAUCCACCCAGUGCAAGUCAUGAGUGAAUUUAGAGGAAGACAUGUCUACUGAAACCAUUUACUCUAGUGCCUAUAUUACAAGUCCUGGCUAAACACACCGCUUUAUUUUUACACUUCAUUAGUUCUGUGAGUUCACUAACUUUUAGAGUAUAACCCACAAAUAACAUAAAACAGUGGAGGCUGAAUCAACAUUAGUAACACAUAUUUGGGAUCAUGUCAUUGUCAUCUCUGUAUGGCCAGCACCUAAUAAGUAAUCAAGAUAUGCUUGUUGAAUGAAUGAAAGCUUCGGGUGUCAUUCAGCCUUUCCCAUCACAGAGAAUAUCUUACAUUCAUUACCAAAUGGACAUAGAAGACUCAAGUGAGAUGUGUCAUCUGUAAUAGCUUGAGUACACUCAACAUUUUCAUUUUUAAUUAAAACAUUGACAUGAAGUCUUGACUUGAUUUUAAAUGGAAACAAAAGACUUCAUAAAAUAUUUUCCCAUUUAAUCUCCAUACUUUCUUUACAUGACCUGACCUGACAGACGUGUGAUUCCUGCUAUAGGAAAAAAAGUUCAAUCUCUAGAUGUCUAUAUCUUUUGUCAACUAAUUAGGCCAACAUUCAUCAGAAACUAACCAAGCUUGAGCAAUUAAGCUACUUCCUGGAUUUUUAAAUGAGCCUUGAUUAUUAAUGGAGCAAUUUAUUAACAUUAUAAGGGUUAUAAUGAAUUUUGAUGCCACAAUGUGCCUUUUAGGAUUCCAUUGUGUUUAGCAGUUCUGCACAUUGAGUGUUGGGCUUAAAUGGUCCAUCAGAAUACAUAUGUGGAGGAAGAGUUCUCACCCACUGGGGAAAUGAGACACCUAACUAUAUCCUCAAGUGAGUUAUGACAACAGAAAUACAAGGAGUUCUGCAUGACUCUAAAAAUCCAUAUGUAUCAGCUUACAAUUGUAAUUAAAAAGAAAAGACAAAUUUGAAAAACCUUUUGGCAUUGAGUAAAAUAUAACUGUGUGAAUUGUACCAUUGAACUAUGAAGUAGAGUUAAUGGCAAUGAAACUGGAGUAAUUUUAAUAACAUUCUUUCAAAUAAAAGUCAUUGAGGUCAUUUUAUAACUCCAAUCACUGUGCUCAUCCCUAGUUAAGUUCAUAAUGGACUUCAUAAUAGUCUCAGAGUCGAGCGCAUUGCUUCUUUCUCUCCUCGCUCUUUCUCUCUCUCUCACACUCUCACUCUUGCUCUCGCUCUUUGGAGGAAUUAAAUUUAAGUUUCACUUUUUCUUAUGCAUAGAGUUACCAUUCACAGGAUCUGAAACAUGCAUUCUCUUUUCUACUUUAUCAAAAUGAUACCAUAAUUGUAACUUUACUUUGUGCAACAUUGCCAUUGAUGAGUUGUUUCAACAAUCAGGCCAUCUUAGUUUGAUGAAGUAAAAUUCAAACGUGCAGCACCAGUUGAUGUUAGGAAGAUCAACUUGGGUGAAAGUAUGUGUGAAACAUCAAAAUGCAUAAAGGUUGAGAACAUGAUGUGUAUGUUAUCUUGAGCAAAAUGAAAUGGGAAAAGGAUUUAUUUGACAUCAUUAUUAGUUAUGGGGAAAUGUUAACAUUAUUAUUCUAGUAAAUUAUUUCAUUCUUCUAAAAUUCUGGCUUGCCUGGGCUCACCACGUAAACUUCCUAGAAAGUGAAAGCAAUAAGCUUCUCCCUGUCUUGUACUAUGCACUGGCCCACAAUAAUUUUUCUGGACAGGUCCACUCCCUAAAAGAGAAGGGAGUGCAGAAAGGAAUAAGGGAAUCCAGCUAAUUCAAUUUUCCAGAACUAUCUAGAUAAAUGAGGCAAAAUAAGGAGUGUCUUUUGUUGGGAUGCUACCAUCAUUUCUGCUCUAAGAGUAGAUGUUGCAAGAGUAACAUCUAUGAUACCUCCUUUUCUCAGGUAGAAGUGUGAAUUUUUAAUUUAGUCAAGAAAAAAAAUUUAAAAAAAAUCACCAAAUUACUAGCUGUAUAUUUUAGUUCCUAAAGCCACAUGCUCAAGAAUUGUAAGAGUCUCGUCUAGAAAAUCUAAUGUCCCUUUGAUCCUGCAUCAACUUUCCACAGGUUGGAAUAAGAUGCCAAAAGAACAGAAAUAACGUGAAAUUAUACAAUUACCAAAAUAACCUCUAUAUCUUAAAAAAAAACUGACUCUUUACCCAAAACAAGAUGUGAAUAAGGCCUCCUCUUCAAAGUACGUACAUUUCCAGCUUAGCUCAAAACAAACAACUAUAAUUAAACAAAACAAUAUAAAAAUUAACUUGGCGAAUGUGCCAGCAGUAAAAUCUGCCGUAGUGAUCGAAGGUGCAAUAUGAACCAGAUGCAUAGAGCUGAGAAAGGCAUCUGUGCUCCAGAGGGAAUUCCUGUAGUGGGCGGCAUUUCAAGAUUUAGUUUGAUUCAAACCUGCUGAUAAUAUAAGUGCUUAUAUGCAAGGAAAAUUAACAACAAAUAUGUUAACAAAUCUUUGCAUUAUGAAGCAUAGUUAAAUGAACCUAAUCAGUAAAUAUGAAUGUAGUGGGUAUAUUUAUAGGGAAGCCCCUCCCCUGCAUGGGAAUGGCAGAAAUUUCUUAAUGAGAAUGAUGGCUUUGGUGACCCAUCUAUACCUUCUGAGAUCACAUCACAGAGACUGGUGCUUCUUCUGAUGACACAUUUGCUUUAUCCUGCUAAUCAAAACUCACCUUUUUCUUUUAGUGAAAUCAAUUUGUGUUACUUUAUGUAGGAAAAAACAAAAAUCCUUGAGAGGGAGAAGAGGGUUUAUUCAACCUACAAGGUCGAUUCCAUCCUGGUUAACCACCAGCAUCCCUGUCAAACAUUAGACUGAAAUCACAAUGAUAACCUAGAAAAUAUUCAUGAAAUCAUAAUCCACUGAAGAUUCUUCUAAUUGAAAAAUUGGAAGGUUUUCAUCAAACAGGAAAGGUGAAAAAUGUAAAUCUCUCCUUUUUAUUUAUCACAAGUGGAAAUUAUUGGAUCAAAAUUUUUGUUUAUUUCUAAUGGAGUUUCUGGAUACAACUCGACGAUAAGUCAGAAAAAAAUUCAAACACUAAAUUUCAAAGGUAAUUUAUUAGUUAUCCCCUUUCUGUUUGUCUUAUGACAUGAGUAAAAACUAUGAAUGCAUUAGAAAAUACAAUAAUCUUAAAUGUGCCUUCUGGCCUUUGCAAAUCUCUUAAUUUAUCAGUAUUAGUAUAACAAAUGUUUGCCAUAAAAUUCCUUCUGUAUAACGGGUAAAGAUCUCCUUACCUAUACAGAAAGGUCCACUUUUCCACUCUGGCAUUCUUGCACAUUUAACAGACACUUACCCUUCAAAGGAGGUCAGUUUUCAAGCCUUACUAAAGAAAGAUAAUUAAAAUUGUGACCCCACAGUUAAGUGCCCAUUUUGGGCCUCAAACCCAGCAAUUAGUGCUCCUCAAAUUCAAUAAUAAGUGGCUGAAAAGACUAGUGUCCGACAACGGAGAAAGUUGACAGACUUUCUCUCUACACCUUCAAUUGUCCAGGUCUAUUGAUCUCCCCCAUCCCUGGGUGAGGUAUCAUACUAUUAACUGCUGCCAAGUUUCUGCCAGAAUGAUGCAGUCAGGCUUGCUCAUCCCAGUCAAUUACUCCAAUUAAUGUCCUUUCCUCUUAGUUCAUGCACCAAAAAUAUCCCUCUCCCAUCUCUCAUCUCCCUAGGUAUCUAACCCACAUAUAAAUUGAUUAAUAUAUCCUGUAGCAUUCUAGUUAAAAUUAUGAAUUUUAAUUCCCAGCAGCAUUAUUCCUUGUUUUUUUCUAUUCCAGAAAACAUUCUUACCCUUUCCGUGUCAAAUGCACACUUCCAUGCUAAGGAUUGUGGUUCCCAUGGAUACAGAUUUCUGUGUAGUGGCAGAAUGAAUGGAAGGAGAUCUGAGGCUUUUCCUGGUGAUGUUUACCAUUCUCUGGCGAGCUCAUUGCAGAAUUGCCAACCUGUGUCAGUAUUAUUGUAAAUAAUUCUCUAGGUCAACAAAGCAGGCAUCAGAAUCUCAAGUGGAAUGAAAUCUGAACUUUCUUUUGUCAGCCUGUCUUCUGCUAAGACAGCCUGUUUAUUGCACAUUUAGGAAUCAAUAGCCAUUUUUCUGUUUAGAAAGUCAGAAAUAGCUCUGUUUGACUUGAUCAGAAAGUUUAGGGACAUCCAUAUAAAAGAUUAUAGCUUGCAUAUUAUUUCAAUAAAUCUUUUUAAGUAUCUUAGGAAAAAUUCUGCAACCUGAAAAAUUUAUAUUCAUGCAUCAUUUUCAUUUACAUAUCAUGUACCAGGAAACCACACUUAUUCAGAUGAAAACCCCAUAGUAUUUCUUUUGUCAUAACUCUCUUCCCAUACCAUUAUGAUAUAUCUAUAGUAUUAAUAUUUUUCAUGUUACUGCCAAAUAAACAAGCUAGACCUAAUGACAGAAGCAUCCAUAUAUAAAGUAGUUGAAAGUUUUCAUUUUGGCCCUUUGGGUCUAUUAGGAAAGAAAAUGUGGAUGUUUUUAAAACUAGGUGUAUGCAACUACAGAGAUCCGAAUCAAGGCUGUAAAACUAUCCCACACAUGUAAAAGAAGAGAGAGCAAAAGAAGAAUUAAAAUUUUAAAUUCAUUUUUUUGGCUAUUUUUAACCAAUUCACAUGAACAAGAAACAUUUUCUAUUAAAGCAAAAGAAAGCAUAGUUUACAACAUUAAUCAUUUUACAUGUGAAUUUUUUUCCCCCUACCAGGAUAGAUAGGAUCUAUUCCUCGACACUUCCAAAGAAGAUCAUUAAUACUAACUGAGAGACCCAUUUCCAAAUGGAACCCAACCUUACCAGAAUCCCGUCUGCAGGCAGUAGAUGGUUUGUAGGGCUGGCCCUUAUGUAGAUUCGGGGAUGAGAUAUUUCAUGGCUGCAGGCUGGCUUAUGACAUCCAACAGUCCCCAUUGGUUUUGGGAAACAAAACACAAGAAUUGGUUUUCAAAAUAAGUUUGACAAGUUGGAGAAAAAAAGGCAGUAAAUACAGAGCAGUCCUAAAGGAACAGGGCUAAGAAAGUGACAGAGGUUUGAGGGAGAAUAAGAAAGGCGGCUGCAGAAGCAGAUAACUUUUACAGCCAGAGGGAGGAGGAGUGAAGAUUAGGCAGCCUCUUCCUGAGGAAGAUUUUAAGGCUAGGAUGGGGCACUUGUUGCUGGUGGCUUGAGUGAAGUCAUGACAGAGGCAGGAGGAUGGAUGAUAUGACUUUUGAGGAUGAUUUAGUAAUAUUGUUUGCCAGAUGAGAAAGGGAAAUUCAGCUGCUUUUCUAGGCUGAUGAUGGGUGAAAUUUUUCCCAAUGUCAGAGCUAAUCAGGAUAAUCACACAUUCAUAUAUUUAACAAAUAGUAUUGAGUAACUAUGAUGUUUCAGGCUCUAAGUUCUUAGGAUAUACCACAUAACAGAAUAAACAGGGAUCCUUGCUCUCAUGUGCCAGCUCUGUGCUUAAUGCUGUUAUGUAUUUAAUGCUCUCAGUAACUCUAUGUGACAAACAUUAUUAUCUCCAUUCCAUAGAUAAGGAAACUGAGGCUUAAGCAGGAUAAGAAUCUUGCUCGAAAACUCACUGCCUUUAAAAUUGGGUUUGUUGCAUUCUAAAAUCUGAACUUUUAGCUACCACGUCAUCCAGACUUCCUGGAAACUGGGAUUGGGGUUUUCAGUUGAAAAUGAGAUAGGCAUUUCAAAUGCUAGCUGACUUCCUAUGUAAGAGCAAAAAGAUCAAAACCUUGAAAAAAAUAUUAAUCCAUACCUAUAUCAUUCAAAGCAGGUAAAAGACAGGUGCAUAAGUAAUUAGCGGCAUAUUCUCAUCUUUAAAACUGAAUGCAGAAUAUCAGAUACAUAAGGGGUGAAUAUUUCAUCUAUGUGAUCUGAAAUAAAAUGAAAAUUCUUGCCAAAUUACUUUUGUUCCCAUAAAGGAGAACUCUUCAGUGGAAAUGCCCAUUUCCACCCUUCUUCAGCAUUGAUUGGUGAAAAAUAUUUGUUGACACCAUUUCUUUCCAGUUUUACAGCUGGUCUGUGUCUGUGGGUUUAUAAAUUAUAGAUCUCAGGGGAGUGUUGGCCAAGGAUUAUUGAAAUAAGGUAAACUUUGUGUUCCAAACUGACCCCAAUUAUAGCAAAUAUAUAUUUCCUUCUUUAUGGGGAUCACAAGUGUAUGCAGGAUGUGCCUGCCUGUAGGUGAGUUAAGUCCUAUAACUUUACAUAGUCCUUCCUCCUAGAACCCACCGAAGGCAGAAUUCUUCUUGCCCAUGUUGCUGGAUGUGCCUCCCUAUCUCAGGCCUGGAGUUGUUAAAUGACUUCCUUACCUCUCUUACAGUGGGGCCACAGGUGUUUCCUCAAACUGGAAAUGUGUUUAUUUGGGGUCUCCACCUUUGGGUACCUGGCAGUCACGAUGGUGCCUGUUCCCAACUAUAAGGAAAGGAAGCUCUCAAGAAGGAAAUUCUCUCUGAAAAAGGCUUAGAUUUCUAACAAUCAUCUCUACCAAUGUCUUCAGUGUAAGAUAUCCAAAAGCCACUUAAAUGAUAUUAGCAGAGUGGUCCCUGUGUUUUCAUUUCCAAUGAGAUAGUUUCUAGUUCUAAAGUUUUCUUUCCUUUGCAUUUUCAAGAGGAGUACUUAUUUUUAGUUCUGGUUACUUGAUCUUGAAGGUAUGUAGCAUCUCUUUAAGCAUUCUAAGCCCUUCUCAGUAAUUAAAUCAACAGUUCAAAGGCCUGCAGCUAACUUUUUUUUCUAUUCUGACAGCCAUACAUUACACAGUCUCAGGCCAGCCCUCAGCUUGUCACCUCAGUUUCCCAUCUUUAUGUGAACCUCUCUGUGGUAUUCACUGAGAGUCUAGCUUAGACAGAUGGGUUUCCUUGACCGGGGCUUCUAACAUCAAAUCUGGGCUGGAGUGUUUAUUAAUAAAGAAAAUGGGCAAGUCUGAGAUGUUACUUCAUGCUCUCAGUUAAACAGAACUUUCCUCCUUCCUGAGGCUUUAAACAUAAAAUUAAUUUAAAAAAUACUGUAGAGAGAGUUUUCCAUUGCUUGCCAAAUUGCGCCAUUAUAGCUCUCUGUUCUUGUUUGUUGCUAUACAAUAUGUCCAUGGGAGAAUUUCAGCAACUGUCUUGCAGGCUUAAGUUGUGCUUCUUAUUGAUUUUGAAAAUUUUCCUUGUGCGGUCCAGUCUCUCUAAAGAAAAUUUCACUGGACUUGAAUGACAGAAGAAUGAUUUUUUCCUCCAUAUACAUGACUAGCAAGUCCCCAAAAACAGAAGUAGCAUAUGUUGUGCCCAGUUUGGUACUUAAUAGUUGAGAUUUAAAAUAAAAUUUUCUUGGGGAAGCUGGGUCAUUAUGAAUUAAAAUUUUUGGUGAAAGAUUUCCAGAGGCCCCUGCUUUCCAUUUUGAUUAUGCUUUUAGUUCCAUAGUGACUUGGCAAAAAAAAAAGGAAUCACUUACUUUAUGUACUUUUACAAACAGCAACUUUGAGAGCUUAUACUUAGUAACAUGUCUGAUGGCAAUAUGUGGGAUGAAGGCAGAUCUAAACUAAGACCUCUGAGACGAAAUCAAAGUGAGCAAUCGACAAUAGUCACGUUUAUUGCAGCACUUUCUCGAGAGCUGAAGUCUAGGGCCAUUGGAGGUGUCUUAGACCACCACGCUCGCGCAUCUCACUCUGCUAUGUGGAAGGCAGAGUGGGGCUGAGCGAACCGCCUGCUAUAGUAAGGCCGAUUCAAAGCUGUUUUAUGGUUUGGCUAUAGAUAAACUUUGGCAAAAGCACUUGUAGAUCUUUCUGGUCUAUAUUUACCCUUAAAGUCAAUUUCGUCAAUCAAUAAAAAUGAAUUAUUUAUCCAGGAAUAGAAAAAGCUCUUUGAUACCCUCAUGACAUUGACAUAGAAGCCCAAAUACUCCUUGUUUGAGACUCUGCAUGCCUUUUCUGUUUAACUGGAACAAUGAAAAAUUUGCUUUCAUUGUGCUCUCAAUUGAAUUAUUUCACACGUGUAACACUGGGUUUGUUUUGAAGUUAUGUAGUAUUAUUUGAAAUAAUAUUUUUAUUUCUACUUAUGUCACUCUGUAGUUUAUUAGUAAUUUGCUCAACUGAUAAACCAUGGAUGUUAAAGCAAUAAAAAUGAAAAGACUG